CGUCACCAUCCCCGUGAAGUGAAGAGUACCCGCAACACCUAACUAUUUCCGAAUCAGAGCUCAACAAAGCACACACCAACACUUCUCCCCAAUUCUCCGAUUCAACAUCUCAAUCGCUCACUAAGUAGCCCUCAAAUCGGAAACCCUAUAAGCAUUUCACACUUUCUUCGUCCAAUUUUGCGAAUCAGUGCCGGAAUUGAAAAUGCAAAGUUGGUUUUCAGGAUCCAGUGAAGACGAUCUGAAGCCUUCAUCGUCUUUGCUCUCUGAUUGGAAUUCAUACGCUUCUGCUCAAUCCGCACAGGACGAUGAUCCCUCCAAUUUCCCUUUUGAUAUUGAAUCUGCCGUUAGGUCUGCCAAUGAUACCGUUUCCGGAACUUUCAGUGUGGUUUCCAAAGGUGUGAGAGAACUACCUGGCAGCUUCCAGUCUGCAACUAGUAGCGUUCCUUCUGGCAAAGCAUUAGUGUAUUUUGGUUUGUUACUGGCAAGUGGGGUCUUCUUUGUUUUCAUAGCAUUUACAUUGUUCCUACCUGUCAUGGUGGUUAUGCCCCAAAAGUUUGCUAUAUGCUUUACUCUUGGGUGUGGAUUUAUUAUUGGAUCAUUCUUUGCUCUUAAGGGUCCGAAGAAUCAGCUUGCUCACAUGUUGUCAAAGGAGAGGCUCCCUUUUACAUUGAUCUUUUUAGGCAGUAUGAUAGGUACCAUAUAUGUAUCAAUGGUGCGCCACAGCUACGUUCUUUCUGUGGUAUUCUCUUUAGUACAGGUUCUCUCACUUGGGUACUAUGCUAUAUCAUACUUUCCUGGUGGAUCUGCUGGAAUGACAUUUCUGACAUCUGCUCUUACCUCCUCAGUAAUGAGAUGCUUUGGGAGGUGACCUAGUUUUGGUUAAUAGAAGUUGAGGUCAGAUAUUUCUCUAAAUAGUAGUUGGCUUGUACAUUUUGUCAACUAAAAGAUCAGUCAGAAGAAAUCAAAUUGACCUAAGAUUAUUGCCGAGUUGAGGCAUCAUCUAACAUUUUCUUAUAGUUCGAUGUUUGUUGCCACUUGCCAAAUCAGAAUGAAAAAAUUAAUUAGCCUCUUAGUCUCAAGUUUCUAAAUGCAUAUUGUCUGAUUUUUUAGUAAACUGUUGUAUUUUUACAGAUCUCUUAUUCAAAAUGGAAUUCAAAAUAUUUUUUCUUAAA